AUGCCUUCUUUCCUCAAGCGCUUGUCCCAGGACGGCGGCGGCAGCAGCAACGGCAUCAAUGGAGGGACGUCGCGGCAGCUUCCCAUGCUGCAUCUCAGGGACACGGUGCGAAACAAUACCGUCACCGUGCUGGGCGAGUUCGUCGGCACUUUUUUGUUCCUUUUCUUCUCCUUCGCGGGUACCCAGGUCUCCAAUACACCGAUGCCUGUGGAAGGCGCGCCCCCGAAUACUCCCAACUUGCUGUACUCGUCUCUGUCGUUCGGGUUCUCGCUUAUGGUGAACGUGUGGGCAUUUUAUCGAGUGACGGGCGGGCUGUUUAACCCUGCUGUAACGCUUGCGCUAUGUCUUGUCGGGGGCAUGCCUCCCCUGCGCGGCGUUCUGGCCUUCGCGGCGCAGAUCGUGGCGGGAAUCGCGUCUGCGGGCGUGGUCAGCGCGUUAUUCCCCGGGGAUUUGAACGUAGGGACACGACUGGGCGGCGGGGCAUCUAUCUCGCAGGGCCUGUUCAUCGAGAUGUUCCUGACGGCGCAGCUUGUGUUCGUGGUGAUCAUGUUGGCAGUGGAGAAGCAUAAAGCGACCUACUUGGCCCCGGUAGGGAUUGGAAUGGUGUUUUUCGUGACGGAGAUGAUCGGUGACUAUUAUACCGGAGGCUCACUCAAUCCCGCCCGAUCUCUCGGCCCCGACGUGAUCAACCGCAGUUUCCCCGGAUAUCACUGGAUCUACUGGGUGGGACCGCUGUUGGGAUCAUUGCUGGCGAGCGGAUUCUUCGGACUAUUGACACUGUUCGAGUAUACGACCGUCAACCCGGGCCAGGACUUCAACGACUGGGAGGCCAAGAUGGGUACGGGAUCGUGGGAUUCAAUGGCGAAUCGGCGGUCAAUGGUUUCGGAUUCGACGACCGUAGGACGAGGACAGUCGCCACAGGCGCAGCGACCGACUCGGUUGAAUCAGGUAGAUAAUGCAGAGCAGCAGGUGUAA